AUGGUCUCUUCUCAGCAAGGCUACGCUCCCACCACUGUCGACAUCAAGGGUAACCCCGAAGCCGUCAACGAGGCCCAGUCCAACCUUCCCCUUCCCGACCAACCACCCGUCGCCUCAGACUUCAACUCCUCAGAUGCCCGCACCGUAAACGUCGGCUCUGGCGGCCAAGAAGGUUCCUUCGCCUCCGGCGGCGGUGCCAUCCGUGAGCCCGCAGUCGCUGUCGGCGGCCCCGCUGCUCGUGAGGCUAAGGACGGUCUCGGUGGUCUCCCCAACGACGCCGUCUCACGCGAAGCAAAGGACCACUCUGGUCUUGCAGACACCACCGGCAAGGACUACGGAUACCCGGGCAAGAACGACCCCAGCUCCGGUAUGAAGCAGUAG